GUUCCAUUUUUAACAUCGAGUGUUAUUAUUUUACGGCCAUCGUCCAUUAGUGCCAUAUAUUUUAGGCUGCAGAUGGUCGGCAGUUAUCUAACUCUGUAUCGGGUGAUAUGCUUUCUGUGCCGUACGAUGAAUUACUCCCGCUUUUUAACAGCAGUGAGUGCUGCUCGGAAGCCGUCUCCAAUUCGCAUACUGACGGAACUUCAGCAGAGGUCCCCCCCCACGCUGAUCUCACUGGCAGGGGGUGCUCCGAACCCCAGCACCUUCCCUUUCCAGUCGGCCAUCAUCACCCUGAAGAACGGGGGCAGCAUCAAAUUUGACGAGGCGUACAUGAAGAGGGCGCUGCAAUACUCUGGCUCCUACGGAAUCCCAGAGCUGAUAUCCUGGAUGAAGGACCUCCAGAGGGCGCUCCACAGCCCCCCCACGGUGGCGUACGCGGCGGAAAAGGGCCGCAUGGAGAUGUGCGUGACGACGGGAAGCCAAGAGGGCCUUUGCAAGGUGUUUGAGAUGCUAAUUAAUCCUGGGGACAACGUCCUCCUUGAUGCCCCUACAUACUCCGGGACGCUUGCUGCGCUCCAGCCGCUGGGCUGUAACAUCAUCAACAUCCCCAGCGACCAUCAUGGAAUGAUCCCGGAAGCCCUCAGGAGGGUUCUGUCCCGGUGGGACCCGGCCGAGGCCCGAAGGCCUGGCAGCACCGUUCCGCGGAUCCUCUACACCAUCCCCAACGGGUGCAACCCCACGGGGGCCUCUUUGACCGCUGAGAGGAAGGGGGAGAUAUAUCAGCUUGCCAGAGAGUAUGAUCUCCUGAUAGUCGAGGACGAUCCCUACUUUUUCCUGCAGUUUCAGAAGCCUUGGGCUCCCACGUUCCUCUCCAUGGACGUGGAUGGACGGAUCAUCCGGAUGGACUCCUUCUCGAAGAUCCUGUCGUCAGGCCUGCGGAUUGGCUUCAUGACGGGCCCCCAGCCGCUCGUAGAGAGGGUGGUGCUCCACAUUCAGGCCUCCACUAUGCACACCAGCACGUUCACUCAGCUCUUGGCUUCCCAGCUGCUGCAGAACUGGGGUCAGGACGGUUUCCUCAGACACGUGGACAGCGUGGUGGAGUUCUACAGAAAGCAGCGUGAUGCCAUGAUCUCCUCAGCAGACCGGUGGCUCAAAGAUGUGGCAGAGUGGCACACUCCCACUGCGGGCAUGUUCCUGUGGAUCAAGCUGAAGGGCAUCUCGGACACGCAGAAGCUGAUCAUGGAGAAGGCUUUGGAGAAGGAGGUUCUGCUGGUUCCUGGCGGGGUCUUCAACAUCGACAGCUCUCUGCCCUGUCCUUACGUGCGGGCCGCCUUCUCCCUGUCCACCCCGCAGCAGAUCGAUGAGGCUUUCAGGAGAUUGUCUGCACUUAUCAAGGAGUCGUUGUAAAUCGUCGUGAAUAAAAAUGACGUCAACGGUAGAUGUGGAAAAGGGAAUCUAAGGGUCGUUGGAAACACAGCUGUACUUUACAGCCACAUACGACCCUGGAUUUUUCGGGUAAAAAGUAAACGGCCUGUUUGGGUCACAUGGCCAAGUGUGCCGUCUAGACACUACACUGCAAACUGCACAGCCUGGAACUUCAAAUGUUUAAUUAGUAAUAUUUUCUGAUUUUUGAAUGUUUACAGUUAUGUUUUUGUCAUAAAAAGGUCUAAUUAAAUUUUCUGUUAAAUUACUUGAAGUUGUUCAGCUUAUGAUGGUCUAUCAGAGGUGAUCAGAUGCCCUCAGAAUUAAGCCCACAUUCUGAAGGCUUGUAGACAAAUUACACAUAAUGGAAGGCAGUGAUGUUCAGCAUCCAUCCAUCUAUCCAUCUUCUAUACAACUUUUCCAAUACAAGGUUGACUAAAUAAGAAUUAAUAUCUUUGUGUGCCUGGAUUUUUAAUGCGUCGUGAUUUGAAGACCAGCAAUAAAUGUCACUUAAGUUUUUAAUUAUGAUGUGUUUUUCAAGCAGUUCAUAAAUUUGGACAAAAUCCAUCAGUGGACCUACUGCAUUUUAAUUAUUCAUCAUCAUGAGAAUUUGUGCUGUUCUGUAACGAAUAGAAAUUGGUGUGUAUAUAGGUAUGUUAUUUAAAUCUCUGUAUCGACAUUACAUCCGUGUAAUUUAAAGAAUGUUAAUAGCGUUACAGUUUUUGUAUUUCAGUGAUGAUUAUCUGUUUAUCUUUGUAA